CUUCUCACACUACUACGCCACCAAGGCACCAACCACCAAUCAUUCGUCCGCACGAUGAGGAAAAUUACGAUAAUAGCGAGCGGAGGAAGAUGAAGACCUAAAGCCCGACGAGGAGGAAGUGGAGGCGAUCGAUGGGGCGGCGGGCGUGCUUGAUCGUAUGCGACGCGGCGAUGUCGUUUGCGUGGGUGUGGGCCGGCGCCCUCGUCAAGCUCCUGAUCCGCGACGCCCUCGGGCUCGGCCACCGCCCCGUGGGCGAGGCCCUCAGGCUCGCCCUUUCCGUAGCAUACAUGUUCGUGUUCGCGGGCUUCGCCCGACUCACCCGCGGCGCUGCCUACAACCCCCUCACCGUCCUCUCCUACGCCUUCUCCGGAGGCCCCGACGGGUUCUUCUUUACCGCCCUCGGAAGGAUCCCUGCGCAGGUGAUUGGAUCUGUUAUUGGUGUUAAGUUGAUCAGAGAAAUCUUUCCUACUGUUGGACAUGGACCUCACUUGAGUAUUGAUAUUCAUCGAGGGGCAUGGACUGAAGGGCUCCUUACAUUUGUGAUCGUGAUGGUUUCUCAAAUGCUAAAGAAGAAAGAUACUAACAGUUUCUUCAUGAACACAUGGAUUUCAAGCAUUUCCAAAUUGACUCUUCAUAUACUUGGUUCUGAUCUAACUGGAGGAGUGAUGAACCCUGCCUCUGCUUUUGGUUGGGCAUUUGCUCGGGGAGAUCAUAUAAGAUUGGAACAUUUGAUUGUUUACUGGUUUGCACCCGUUCAAGCAACUUUGCUGGGGGUUUGGACAUUUAAAUUGCUCACUGGGCCAAAUAGCAAGCAGCUGAAAGCUGGAGAUCACAAGGACAAAUCUGAAUGAGCAGAAAGAUUCGUCUUCAUAUUCUUUCAUAUUUGAUACACUAAUUAUUGGAGUUUAGGAAACUCCACAAUCAAAAGAAAUUUGUAAAAGCUCUGUUUCAUACGUCGAGAUAGUGUAGCUCUGUUAGUAGCAUGCAAUCAUCUAAUAUCUUCUGAUAGUGUUGCAAGACCAUUUUGUAUAGACAAACUCCCAUUUUGUAUAGUGCUGAACAGAUGCCUUGUCUUAAAGGUUGAUUCAGAAACUGUGCUUAUUUA